CGCGUCUUACACCGACAAUUCUCUCUCUACACUCAUAAAUCAAACCCCUAUUAAUAAAUAAAAAUAUUAAAUACAACUAGUUAAACAAUAACUAAUCCCUUUUAAAUUAACUAAUUUCCACUUUCACCUUAAUUCCCUUUCUCACCAAACCCAGAUCAAUCCUUCAUUAUCACAAUUCACUACCAAAACAAUGAAAGACACCAAACACGAUCAAAACCGUUAACCAAACCUUCAAUUUCCAAUCCUCUUUUUCCAAUGGCAUUAUCACCAUCACCCAUCACCAUCUCCAUCAUCACUCUCUUCCUCCUCUUCAACCCAACCACAUCUCAAAAAACCGAAAACCCCAAAUCAACAACACAACCACAAACCAACUGUGAAAACCGUUGGAUCCACAUCAGAAAACUACCCUCAAUCUUCAACCUAGAUCUCCUCUCAAAUUGCUCCGAAUACAUAUUUCUUGACGAUUUAUGUCCUUUCUUAGCAAACCACGGUCUGGGUCAAAAAACCCAUAACCGUUCACACAGUUGGUACCGAACCGACCCGGCCAUGCUUGAACUCAUCUUCCACCGCCGUAUGUUGGAGUAUCCGUGUUUAACGGAAGAUCCGAAUACCGCUAACGCCGUUUAUCUUCCUUACUACGCUGGCUUCGACGCGCUCCGUUAUCUUUACGGUCCGGAAUAUAACUCCAGCGAAGAACACGGUGUUCAGCUUUUUCAUUUUCUCCAAAACGAUAACCCGAACAUAUGGAACCGUUUUUCUGGUCACGAUCAUUUUCUGGUUAUGGCCCGACCCGCUUGGGAUUUUUCUCAGCCGUUGGAUACGGAUCCUCAUCUUUGGGGAACUUCGUUUCUUGAGUUACCGCAGUUUUUCAAUGUAACGGCUUUGACUCUGGAAGCGCGUGCUUGGCCGUGGCAAGAACACGCUGUUCCUUUUCCGACGUCGUUUCAUCCGCCGAAUUUUGCCUUGUUGGAUUCGUGGAUUCAACGUGUUCGUCGUUCGAAGAGAUAUUCUCUUGCGCUUUUCGCCGGUGGUGGAGGUUAUUCGUCAACGCCGAAUAUCCGGCGGAGUAUACGGAUCGAAUGCGAUAACAGUAGCAGUAGUAGUAGGAAUGGGAAUUCACUUGGUUAUGAGAAAAUUUGUGAUACUGUUGAUUGUUCCAAUGGUGUUUGUGAGCAUGAUCCGAUUAGGUUUAUGAAACCGAUGUUAGGGGCGAAUUUCUGUUUGCAGCCUCCAGGGGAUACUCCGACUCGGAGAUCGACUUUUGAUGCGAUACUUGCGGGGUGUAUACCAGUGUUUUUCGAGGAUUUGUCUGCGAAAUCGCAGUAUUCGUGGCAUUUGCCGGAGAAUGAGUUUGAGGGUUUUUCUGUUACUAUACCUAAGGAGGAUGUUGUGUUUAAGGGGUUGAAGAUUCUUGAUGUGUUGAUGAGAAUACCUAGAGCUAGGGUUAGGAGAAUGAGGGAGAAAGUGUUGGAGUUGAUUCCUAGGGUUGUGUAUAGGAAGCAUAAUAGUUCUCCUGAGUUGAGGACUAAGAAGGAUGCAUUUGAUUUAACCAUUGAUGGUACAUUGGAUAAGAUUCGAAUGAGGCUCCAGGAGCUUGAUUUGGUUGUGUAAUUAGAUUUUUUUUUCCUUUUCUUGCUUUAGGUUCAGAAUUUAAGCAAUUGAUGAAUAGCCAAUAGCAUUUGUACUUUCCUUUUUUAAGUUGUGUUUUUGGCAAUAAUCAAUAGAUCUUGACAUGAAAGUUAAGUUUA